CUAGCUCAUUAUUGACCAUCUUGAUGCAUUGUUUGUUGUUCUGUUGCAGUGUUUGCAAUGUUUGGAAUGUUGUCUCCAGCCAGUCGAGGAGCUCUAAUGACAGCCGCCAUUGUUCUCUUCAUGUUCAUGGGAGUGGCUGCAGGCUACCAUGCUGCCAGACUGUACAAGACCCUGAAAGGCUCCGACUGGGAAGAAGGGAGCUCUUCUGACGGCCACUCUCUAUCCCUCCACCUUCUUUGGCAUGGGCUUCUUCCUCAACUUCUUCAUCUGGGGAGAACACUCGUCCGUACCAUUCACCACCAUGCUGGCUCUGCUGUGCAUGUGGUUUGGAAUAUCCUUCCCCCUCGUCUUCGGAGGUUCCUAUUUCGGGUUCCGGAAACAGCCGUACGAACAUCCGGUGAGGACCAAUCAGAUUCCUCGACAGAUCCCCGAGCAAGUCUGGUACCUCCAUCCAGUCUUCGCAGGACAUCGACCCAACUGUUGGCAAGUUCCGUAACAUGGUCCAGACCACCAUCCUGCCUAGCAAGAAGAGACGGCUCUCCAACGACCCAGCCACCCCCUCCCCCACCACCCUUACCUCCCUCACCUCCCUCCCUCCCUCCUCUACGGAGCACAUUCCUCCCUCUUCCUCCUCCCCUCACCCCGUCUCUCCCUCGGAGUCUCAAGUCACGUCUCCUACUCUUGGGUUCUCCUCCUCUCUCAUCACUAAAACAAUCACUGCUGGUAUGUGUAUGUGUGUGCAGUAGUCUAUAACUCAGUACACAGACACUACGGAAGAAUUCAGUAGUGGAACAAAAAGGACAAAAGUACCGGAGAUGAAAACAUAAUUAUCUCCACCGGUUCAAAGUCCAUGGUCACGGCAACCGCAGCCUCCUCCACUGAUGGGAUUCAGCGGUGGAGGUCUCUAUGGUAACCAGGACGUGGGACGCUAUUUGUCGGACUCGGAACCGAAGAAGAAGAAAUAUGCAAAAGAGGCGUGGCCUGGGAAGAAGCCUACUGCUCAUUUACUGUUAUAAUUGCACAUGAUAUCAAUCAAUGAUAAUUAACACAUACUGAAGACAUUUGUGGUCCCUUCAGAUGUGCAGUGCAGUAUGCAUGUACACUGUGGCCAUGAUAGAUACUUCACAUGGUGGCUAUUCCUUUCUGACUUUUUAUGCAAAAAUGAAUCUACAACACUAGUGAUAAAAAUGAUGAACUACAAGUUGUCAAAAGUCUUUGCAACCUAUAAUCCAUCUUUUAGACUAUAAUUUUAUAGUCAGAUGAUAGUCUG